AUGGGAAAUCAGUCAACACUCGAAGAACUCAUCAUACGGGUUGAUAUCAAUACGAAUUCGGUAUCAUGGAUGCCCCUUCUUCCUCUCUUCAAAUGUCUCAAGAGCGUGGAAAUACUGCCUGAUUUCAUUCACAGAGAAUGCGCAAUCGUGUUGACUGGGUGCUCCGCUCUUGAAAAGUUAACUCUCGGUGGGAUGAGGGCCACGUUUGCUGAUGAUAUGAUGAGGCUAUUGAGUGUACUCCCAAAUCUUAAAUGUCUCAGACUUGGAGCAGGAUCAUUGCCGGAUAGCGAGCUUGUCGCCUUGACAACGUUUCCUAGUUUAGAACAGCUUUAUCUUGAAUGUGAUGUACCAAAUUAUAUUGAGAAGAUGCUGCUUAGACAUAUACCAAAAGUCAUUAUUGAAUAA